GUGGAGCCGGGCUGCCCGUCCCGCCCCCGGCUCCGGCGCGAGUCCCGCGGCGGCCACAAAGGCUCUCACCGCUCCCAGGCGGCGGGACAGAGCGCCGCGACGGUCGGACAGACGGACGGGCCCCGGAGAGCCGGCCCGAUGGACACCUUCAGCACCCAGGGCCUGGUCCUGCAGGCCCAGAAAAAGCUGCUGAGCAAGGUGGCGUCCAAGGCGCUGGCGGGCGUCUUCCUGGACGAGACGGGCAGCGCGGUGCUGGACGAGCUGUACCGCGCCACCAAGGAGUUCACGCGGAGCCGCCGGGAGGCGCAGAAGCUGGUCAAGAACCUGGUGAAGGUGCUGCUGAAGCUGGGCGUCCUGCUGCGUGCCGGCCAGCUCGGGGGCGAGGAGCUGGCCCUGCUGCGGCGCCUCCGCCGCAAGACGCACAGCCUGGCCAUGACGGUGGUCAGCUUCCAGCAGGUGGACUUCACCUUCGACCGGCGCGUGCUGGCCGCCGCCCUGCUCGAGUGCCGGGACCUGCUGCACCAGGCCGUGGGCCCGCACCUGACGGCCAAGUCCCACGGGCGCAUCAGCCACGUCUUCGGCCGCCUGGCCGACGGCGACUUCCUGGCCGCGCUCUACGGCCCCGCCGAGCCCUACCGCUCCCACCUGCGCGGGAUCUGCGAGGGCGUCUGCAAGAUGCUGGAAGAGGGCAGCAUAUGAUGUCCGGGGCCGGCGGCGGGGGGCAGUUUGUGGGGUUCGUUAUUUUUAUUAUCACUAUUUUUUAAAUCUUUUCUCCCAAACUCCCUUUGACGGGUUUAUCCUCUUUGAAGAGGACGCUCGGCCACCUGUCCCAGCGGUUUCAAGGGUGUUUGGUGGCUCCCCUCCUUCUCGCUGGGGGAUGAGGGCCUGAUGGGGAGAGGGUUUGGGGGAGGCUGCAGCCCUCUGGCCCAGGGGCUCCCCCCGAGACGGAUCCCGCUCACCGGGAACGGCGCCAACCCGGAAGGACCCACCUUCCUCCCUCGAGCUGACUGUGGGGACACCCACGCUUCCACUCAGCCAUGCUGCUCGGGCUUCUUUCCAGUGAGGACACGUGAGCCCAGAGAAAGGGGCGACGCCAAGCCGCCAGAGCGAGUGGGAGACCGCUCUGCGGGUGCUGGUGCGGUCACAAGUGCACUCCAGUUUGGGUUGGAAAUGCCCGGGUGAGGGUGGAGGCAUCUGAGAUGUGUAAAUCUUUAAAUUAUAAUUUCGUGUUCGGAAAAAGCAAACAAUACCCGACUGUUUUUAUAAAACAGACUAAAGGAGAGUCAAGGUCGACGAAUAGUGGCAUUUGGGGGCACCCGGAUGUGGACAUGGAGCGGGGUGGGGGAAUGUACUUGCGAUUUCUGUCUGUCACAAGGGGCAUGGGUUUCUGACGGUUGCAAAAUGUGACUGUCAGUCUUGAGGGGUCAGGGAGGUUA